GUAGUUCACUACAUGGUACUCGAUUUUGUCCGCUUCCCUGCUGAUAUCAGUGCACUUGCAGAGCUACAGCUUGAGUUUUGAUUGUUCUGCAAAUCGUCCGUUGUCUUAGUUUGUUCAUAAUAUUUAAUUAUAUCCAACAAACAAAAUAACAAACAAAGAGGUCAAGCAAAUUUCAAAUGGAGGCUGUUACUUUUUCUAGAUUUUAGCUCUCAUUGCUUUAUGUUCCUACAUACAUGUGUACAUAUCAAGUUUUUACAUCAUCCUCUUAUGUGUUGUUGUGUUCUGUUCUAUGCUGAUGGCUGAAGGUCAAAAAUAUCACCCUACUUGGCUUACGGACUCUAUUAGCCAUACAGUUCUCUACAUUAUGUUACUUAUGAUUCUCUCAGCAAACAUGUGUUCUAUUUUCUUAGCAUAUUAUUCAGGCUUAAGUACCAAAUGAGACUCAAUCUAUUAGGAGGGCUUCAGUUCUGGUCAGUUGAGACUGCAUUUUCAGUAAUAAUAAUUGACCAGAUAUUUCCUUUAGUUUCCAUGUAAUGGAGGCUAUUGUAUUUGCACUCAGUCUAUAAUUUAAGCAAAUUUCUAAAAAAAAAAUAUAUCCAAGUGGUGAGGAAAAUCAAUGAUGCUUCAACAAAAGAUCAAGCAACUUGCUGACAAUGAAACUGAUGUUAGUAAUUGUAUGAAAGAUAGAAGAGGAUUGAUAAUAUUGGAUUUUGAAUAUCUAUCUUUAGCAAUUUGUGGUCCUGAGUUUCUGAUAGACUUCCACUUCUACAGGCUAGCCAUGAAGGCAUCUCUAAUAGAGCGCAUUUGUUAAUAGGAAGCUUGUUUCUGAAGAUGUGAUUCCGUUCUUUAGGUCUCUGAUUGUUCCUCAACCUCAUAGUAUUUGAAUACUACUGCCAAAAGAUUCAUACUCAAAGAAGUCCAGUGCUCAACUAUUUUGAUCAGAUUACCUGUCAUCUGGAAUGGGGCAUCUCAAGUCAUGAAAUAGAGUUUAGCAUUUCCUUUCUUAUGAAAUUGGUUUUUACGUAAGUUUUUGCAUAUUAUUAUAUUCCAUCUAGAUGGUGUUCAUCUCAGCAUGCAAAGUAGAGUUUGCCAUUUCCAGUUUUAUGAAAUUUGAUUGCAGGUGGCCUUUUUACUCAAAAAUGAUUUCUUUAGUUUUGUGCACAUUGUACAUCUUGCCUCUCUUUGACGUUAUGGACCAAAUACCACACCUUUGAUUUAACUGUUUAAUAUAUAGUGCCACAAUUUCUUCCAUGCAACUCUUUAUCAUCGCACACUUACAUAGUGACAAACUAUUCUGUAUUUUUAGCUUUGGCCAUUGCAGGCAGAAGCACAUCCAGGGCAUAAUGUUAUUGGAUUUCUUCUAGGAUCUGAAAGUAAUAACAGGAGGUGACUACAUGAAGUAUGAUCUAUUAUUGGAAAUCUUAUGAUAUUUUUGGAAGCAAAUGGAUAGCCAGUCUUUAUAAGAACUUUCUGAAUAUAUGAUGAACUAUGUAAUUUUUGGCACUGAAUAAUCAGAGAAUGCACAUAAAAGAGUGCAAAUCCUUAUAUUAAUAUUUGUAAAAAAAAACUGUACACAUCCCUUGCUGGUUUCCAAGAAAAAUGGGGUUCGCUUUUAUGACUUCCUUAUGUAUUGAUGCCUACUUCAGUGUUCUACUUCAUAGUCUAUUUUUCAGUGCUCUUUCAGCUUGGGACAACAAGAAGCUCGUUAGGAAAUUCAGAGGGCCUUUCUCCAGAUCAACGCUAUCAAGUUGGUCAUAUUUCACAAUCGUUAUCAUAACGACGAAGCUACAAUAACAAUUAUCAAGAUGGAUGGUCACCACUAUGCAAAUCUUACAGUAAUUAACGACUCAGAGAUUCAAUCCAUCAGUGCCCACAUAGAAGAGAGAGCAGUGAUUGCAAGGCUUCCACAGUCAGCAAGAGAUAUCAUAGGGCACAAAGACUUAAAGGAUGUAAUCCAGGAAGAACUUCAGAUUAAUAUCAAGGUAGAAGAUAUCUCACAGUACAACUCAGAUUACAUUAUCAUGCUAGACUCAUCCAGUACAAAGACCAUCCUCCUUGACAGAGGAUUUCUCAAGGUUGGUUCCUUCAUACUUCCACUGAUCCCAUGGGACAGAAGUUAUGGUUCAACAAUUCUCCCUCUUCAGACCCAUCUUACAGAUGCUCACAACCUAAAUCCCCAUUCACUCAUAGCAUCCAACAGUCAACACCUAACCAUUUAUAUAUAUGGGCUUCCACCUCAUCUCUGUUGUGAGUUCAUAGUACGCCAGCUCCUUAAGAAAAUAUGCAUUGUCCACAAAAUAGCAUUUACGCCAGCAAACCUGACAUAUUCAGUGGAUGCUUACGGAUCAGAUAUGUCUAUACCGGAGAUCACACAUAUAGGUGUCAAAAAAGAAACACAUAAUGGUAGUAUUAUCAGCAUCUGGCCAUUAUGGUAUGAAGUCAUUACAGAGGACAUGCAUCCCAACCAACAUGACCUAUACUAUUUAGAAAACACUGACAACUUUCGAGGAGACUCUGAUCUUGACAGUGAGCACCAUAAAGAGGUCCAAAAACAGUACUAUGACCUUCAAGAUGGAAACAAAGAGACCACUUCCCAGUUAAAUGAAUACAUCGCCGGGUAUUCAGAUGAUUCAGACUGGGAACCAUAUGUACCAUGAUCAGGUACCUUAAGCACCAGGGAACACAAACAUAUUUGGCUAGCACACUUCAAGCAACCAAGGAUCAUAUUCUGCGAGUCUGGAGCAUAUACACAUAAUAUUAUUGCUACUAUAUAAUGCUUGCAUCCUGUACAUAAACACAUGUCAUAUUUCUGUUUAUGUAAUAUCGUUGCCUACUCAAACCAAGAAACUAUCCAAUACUUAAUGCAUCCAUCCUGUAAAUACCUACAGAUGUAAUAUGUUUUUAUACAUGUAGCAUAUAUAAAUA